AUGGCGCUGAACGCGGCAGGUAAGUGAGGGAGGAGGGGUAACCAUGGCAACCGGGCCUGCAGGCCCUGGCGAGAGGCGAGCCUGGCCCAGUAAUCGGCUAGCGGGACGGGGACCGAGAAGGCUUGUUUCCCCACCGCCGCUGUUCCCAUUCUCCCUCCCUCGCCCAGGCGACGAACCGGAGUGGCAGCCGCCGUCGGAGGCGGAGCUGAAGGUGAUCCAGGCCCGGCGCGAACGGCAGGACAAGAUCAGCAAGCUGAUGAGCGACUAUCUCCUCAAGGGCUACCGCAUGCUGGGCGACUGCUGCGAGGAGUGCGGGGUGAGAGGAGGCGAAGGCGCCUGGUCACCUUUGCAGAGCGCGAGGCCGAGGGGGAGAACGAAGGGACCUCUGAGCACGCUCAGAGUGCCCUAUCUUCUGUCAUCCCUUUCUCCCUGCUCCGCCAAGGAAGAAUUUCUGGGCAGGUCGGAGCUGCAGCACAUCUGAGAAGAGUUUAAGGGCUUCUAAUAAAUAAUUUUAAAAAACCGUUCUUAAACUCAAGCGCCUUAAAGGCAGGAGAAUUCCCUGAAGUGCGGUGCUUUUAUAUAAUAAUGAAGAGUUGGUGUAGCGACUGGCAAAGACAGCCUUUGCCAACCUGAUGCCUACACGAAGGCAUCAGGGUAGCAGGUUGCUGAAGGCUGAGCUGAGGUUGAGCUCUGAAUUGCGGAGUCACUGGUCUGAAUCUUAGCACUGCCAGAGUCCCCUCAAUGGCCUCUGGUAAGUCAGUCUCCUAGCUGCACUUCAUUCCCCAUCUACAAUACAGUCUCCAUUUUUCAGGGCUGUUGAAUACAGCGAGAUAACAUAUAAGAAGCAUUCUGAAUGCUUGAAAUAGUUUGUGGCAGUGUUGAGUAUUAUUAUGGCUUGUAUAUGCUGUUUUUGUGGCAGUCACUGGCCUGUAAAGCAUAUUUCAGCAUUCACCUGGUGCCAUAGGCUAGCGAGUAGGCUGGUGGAAGAGAAGCAGAAGGUUCCAUCCUUCCUCUGAUCCCAGCAUAAAAGGAAAGUGGGCUAUUGGGAAAGGAAAGGCCACUCAUCCAAAGAAAGGCAGUAGGCUGUUGUGGGAGAAACAGAGCUCUAUCCCCUUCCUUAGCUAGCCUCUGCCAGCUAUUUUUUAGAAGGCAACUAAGACUUUUGGGUCUUAUUUACUAGGUUGUGGGAGAGGGCCACACAUAGGCUCAGCAAGUCUGCAGCAACCGUUAGAAACAGCAAGUUAUGCUCAAACCAUGGAAGAAAAUAUGAGGCCUGAGGUUUUAAGUUGAAAAGGUUGCUCGAGUUUUGAGGAGAAAGUUGGGGUGGGAAUAAUGAGAUCAACAAGCCUUUGAGUUCUCACCCAGAUUUUAGCCAAAUCUUUUUCUCCUGUAGUUUUCUAAAAACAGGAGCCAAGAGAGCUCCUCUCUCUCCAGUAAUCAGAGCACUGGUUUCAAUAUGCAGUCAUAUGGCCAGUAGAAGAUAGGAGGGAUCCAGAAAGCAGCACCUGCAUAUCAUUUGUGAUCCCCACCACUACACACACAUGCACGCAAUAGUUUUGCCCUAAUCUUUUCCUUGGAGAGAGCUGGAGUCUUUCUGAAGAAGGGAUAUCUGUUGGUCUUAAGCAAGUGCAGAAUGUUUUUUAUAUGUCCCUGAAUGUAAUUGCAAAAACAAUGAGGUAAAUUGUGCCCAGGUUGGCAACCAAUAUUUUGCAUCUGUGUCUUUAAAAUGGAGGAAGCUCCUGCUUCUUUCCUCAGCACCUGACAUCUUGUGACAAUCUUUUCUCUAUCAAACAUUAGCUCACAGUUAGAAUUUUGGCGCCUAGAAUCCAGGUUUUUAUUUAUUUCGCUGGUGUAAUUUCUCUCACCUCCCCACCCCCAUACACCAUUCUUUCUCUCUCACACACAUCACAUUCCUUUUGCAGGCUCUGACACUUUUCUCUCCUUGCUAUAACCUUGCCCUUUCAGACUAUUUUGCUGCAAGACAAGCAGAAGAAAUUGUACUGUGUCGCCUGCCAAGAACUUAAUUCUGAUGUUGACAAGGACAAUCCGGGUAUGUUUGGGGUAGUGUGGGGAGGUUGCCUCACUGGGAUGGAUUGGGAAGGGCAGGAGUCUUGGAUUAGAAGGUAGGAAUUAGGAACCAGGGCUUUCCUCCCGUUAUGUGUUGGUGGGGAGAGGUAUUUCUUAAUUAGCUGGAAAUAAUUCAUGAGCCUGACUCCAUUUCUUGGAGUUUAAAUGCAGCAGUUGCUAUAAACCAUAACUGGUGCUGCAGCACUUGUUUAAUGCUUACACAUUGAUGCUCUGGCAACUUGGAUGAUCCCUAUAUUCAAGUUUGUAUUGUUCGUUCUGCCUUUAGAAGAUAUCUGAAGGCAGUCCUGUACAGGGAAGUUUUAAAAGUUUGAUGUUUUAUUGCAUUUUAUGGGAGCUGCCCAUGGUGUCUGGGGCAAUCCAGUCAGAUGGAUGGCAUAUAAAUCAUAAAAAUAUUAUUAUUGUAAAAUUAUUAUAGUGGGCCUCUGGGCGUGCCAGGAAAGAACCUUUUCUGCUUCACUUAACAAGAGAGAGUUAGUGUUAAGUUGCUGCUUAGAUCUUCCAGUGGUGCUUGCCUGUUAUUUUUCAUUGGGAUGCUUGCAAGAGGCUUGUGUGUGUGCAGGACUGGGGCAGGAGGUCCAGGAGAAACAGGGCCCUGUGGUGAUGCCUAUGUGCUUCUUCUCUGCAGCCCUGAAUGCUCAAGCUGCUCUAUCCCAAGUGCGUGAACGACAGCUAGCUGCUAACUCAGAUGAUGCCACUUCACCUGAGUACCUCUCCUCUCUGCCAACUCCUCGCCAUGUGCCACGCCCAGAACACUGUGAAGGGGCAGCAGCAGGACUCAGAGCUUCUGCCAUUGCUCCAGCACUCCCAGCCCCUGUUGCAGUGCCUGCCUGCCCACCUUCCACUGGUGCCCUGGCUGCAGCGGAGGAGGCCAUACUGCAGAAGAUCAACUGGGCUGUCCACGAGCUCCAGCAGAGCACUUGCGUUGAAACAAGCAUACAGCUCUGCUCACUUAUCCGGUCCUGCACAGAAUCCCUCAAAGGAAUUAAGGAACUGUUGCAGGGAGGUGGCCCUGAUGUAUAG